AUGGCAGAUCACCACAACCCUGGGACCCCAUCCCUCACCUACUAUCCCGCCUUCUGCCACAAGGUUUCUCCCACCUUCUUUGCCUGGGUGAAGAUGGCUGCUGUGGACGUGCACCGGUUGAAAAGUAGGCCGGGAUUCGAAGGCCAAAAUCUUUACUUUUACCUCAACCACCCAAUCCAAUUCAUCUGCGUGGCUGGCAUUAUUGUUGCGCGAGAUGAACAGGAGCGCCGCUCCAUCCUCGUUGUCGACGACAGCUCCGGCGCGUGUCUGGAGGUCGUGUGUUCGAAGACUGUGCCUGUGUCCACAUAUGGGUGCUCCUCGCGUACCAGCAUCAGUCCUAGCAUCGACAUGACUACGGCCACCACCAGCAGCAACAUCACUGGUGACUGCAACAGUUUGCAUUCCAUUCCAAUACCUCCCACCCACCAAACAUCCACCACCCACAAACCCAUCAACAUCACCCCGUUACUCCCCGGCGCCCGCGCAAAACUCAAGGGCACAAUCGCCUGCUUCCGUGGCAUGUUCCAGCUACAUCUAGAGCGCUAUGAGAUGUUGCGCGAUACGAAUGCUGAAGUACGGUUUUGGGAUGAAAGGACUAGAUUGCGGGUGCAGGUGCUUAGUGUGCCGUGGGUCGUGGGUCAGGGGGAGGUGGAGAGGUUGAGGCGGGAGGCGGAGAAGGGUGACGCGGGAAGAGGUGGGGGUAAGGUUAGAGGUAGAGAUAGGUGUGGUGAUGGGGAUAUGAAUCGCGACGGACAUGUGAUAGCAAGGAGGAAGAAGAUGGAGAUGGAAAAGAAGUGGGAGAAGAGGCGGGUGGAGAGGGAGGAGAAGGAUAAGUUGAGGAUUUUGAAGAGGUAUAUGGAGGAAGAUGUUGUGAGAGAGAAGUUUGCGAAGAGAUGUAGAGAGAUGAGUGUUUUGCGGGUUGAUAGUGAGGUGAUGAGGCGGGUAGGGAAGGAGAAGGGCGAUAAUGAAUGA